UAAUAUAUUUUGUGGGGCUAUAAUUGAUGAACGCACAGUAUUUUGUGUGUGUGGACAAAAAAUUGUCCUAGACAAUGAUUAUGAUGAGUCAAGGCUUAUCGAACAUUCUAAAAAUUCAAGAUGUAAAUUGAAUAAUAAAAAAAAGCAGCUCGGCUUACCUGGUCUGUUCCCGGUCUUACCUAACUCUAAAAAAAGAAAAGAAAAUCCACCAUUAUCAUCGUACCCACCAUCAUCUUCACUGCCACUGUCACCAUCUCUUCCACCGUUUCCAAAUAAACCUUGUCCUGGAUUACAUUCUGAACAAAUUAGUUCUUACAUUAAUAGAACACCAUCCACCUAUGGUGGCGCACGACGACGUGAAGUGAUUGGAAAGGAAAUGUUCCCAAAUAAAUUUUCAAAUAAUAUGAAUUUCAAUUCUAAAAAACUUAAUGAAGAAGAAAUAAUACAAUUUAAUCAACAAGUAAUGGUUGAAUCCGAAUGGUUUAUCGAUCGUUUUG